AUGCAGAUACCUCACAUUGAAAAGGUGGUCCUCAACAUAGGUCUGGGGGAGGAGAAGCAGAACCCCAGGGCCUUGGAGAGCGCUACCCGUGACAUUUCUCUAAUCUCCGCCCAGAAACCGGUUACAACCCGAGCGAGGCGUUCCAUAGCCGGGUUCAAGCUGAGACAGGGAGAGGCUAUUGGGACGUCGGUGACCCUCCGAGGGCAUCGCAUGUAUGACUUUAUUGACAGGCUGUUCAAUGCGGCCCUUCCUCGUAUCAGGGACUUCCGGGGUGUGCCUCGCAGGGCCUUUGACGGCAGAGGCAACUACUCUCUGGGGAUAAGAGAGCAGGUUAUCUUCCCGGAGAUAGACUACGGCCAGAUAGACCGUAUUCGAGGAUUCCAGGUGUCAUUUAUAACUACGGCAUCCACGGACCGGGAGGCCAUGCGCCUUCUGGAGCUUAUGGGGAUGCCCUUUGCCAGAGAUGGCUCUCAAGCCGGUGUGAACGGCAACGUUUAG